GGGCGGAAGUACGUGCGAGCGAGGAGGAACUGCGCGGCGAGGGUAGGGGCCGCAUGGCGGCCGCCCAGCAGGCGCGGGCCGGAACGGGCGCGGCGGCGCGGCCCUGAGCCCGAGCCCAUGGGGAAGUACUGCGCCAGCCUGGGCGUCCUCAAAGGGCCCUGGGACCAGGUCUUCGCCGCCUUCUGGCAGCGCUACCCCAACCCCUACAGCAAACAUGUCCUGACCGAGGACAUCGUGCACCGGGAGGUGACGGCGGACCACAAGCUGCUCUCCCGGCGGCUCCUGACCAAGACCAACCGCAUGCCGCGCUGGGCCGAACGCUUCUUCCCGGCCAACGUCGCCCACUCCGUCUACAUCCUGGAGGACUCAAUCGUGGACCCCAAGAACCGAACCAUGACCACGUUCACCUGGAACAUCAAUCACGCGCGCCUGAUGGCGGUGGAGGAGCGCUGCGUCUACCGGGUGAACCCUGAGAACAGCAGCUGGACUGAAGUGAAGCGCGAGGCCUGGGUCUCCUCCAGCCUCUUUGGCGUCUCACGGGCAGUCCAGGAGUUUGGUCUGGCCAGGUUCAAAAGCAACGUGACCAAGAGCACUAAAGGAUUUGAAUACGUGCUAGCAAAGAUGCAAGGAGAAGCUCCAUCUAAAACCCUGGUGGAGACAGCAAAGGAAGCAACCGAGAAAGCAAAGGAGACAGCUCUGGCUGCUACAGAAAAAGCCAAGGACCUAGCAAGCAAGGCAGCCACUAAGAAGAAGCAGUUCGUGUGAGGAGCUGGACACAGGCAAGAGCUGGGCUACACCAGAACAGAUAGGAGCCUCCUUAAAUUUUAUAUUUUUAACUGUAAAAGUCUGACAAUCAGCUGCUGUUAGAUCCUAAGAUGUAAUUAUCAUUAAAGAGUCGACUUCCA